GACAAGUUUAAAUUAGAAACGUUUAUACGAACUGUGAAAGAGCAGAGAAUCAGUGACUUACUUCAGUAUCUGCGCAACGGAAAAAAUCGAUAACCCAUCAUAGAGCAAUAAAUAUGGCGGCAUGUCUUAGGAGUAGUAGCGUCCUCUCCCCUACUAGUGCUCACUUGAGCUUGACCGAUAGCUCCGCAAUCGUUUGCGGUUCGAUUAUCUGGCACUGUCGACGUCCUCCUUGAGAAAGAUGAACGACAUGAAGAAGGACAAGAUGUGGACCCUAGCAGUGAUCCUCUUUACCUGGUGUGGACGUGGACUUCCUCUAUUCGGAGUCGUACACGCUGCAUUCCAAUUUCCACCUCGCAGCAAGGACGGUGAGGGCACUCGGGGACGUGAGAAUGCUAUGUUCGACGACGAAAGGAGUCGAAGUCCCAGUCCGAUAGUCGUGGCCGGAUCAGCUCACGUCCUCGAUGCGGUUAAUUGUGCUGAUGGAUCUAGUACGGCUGGAGACAAGGAGUUCCUUACUUGGAACGGCGAGGAUGCUGGGGAAGGCGAUGGCUGGUGCAUGAGUGUAGAAGUCCAAGGAGGGGGUGUUGCUGGGUCAACAAGCAGUGGUGGACACGAAAUUAGUGGCGGAAUUGAUGCUGUCCAAGCGAAGGGAAGAAGUAAGGGCGAAGAACGGGGUGGCAGUGCGAGCUCCGGUGGAGGAGAUCAGGAGACUGCCACAUCUGCUCAUGGUAUUGCAAUCAACAUAGUGGACCUUGGCUCCGCACAAAAGGAAAGCAAAACCAGUGACAGCACUCCUACUAUACAAGACCAUCAAGGAAUAGACAGUGGGAAUUUCUUUUCCAAAAAACUUCCUCUAUUGAAUUUAAGUGCUGCUAUAGGAGGAGGGCAUGAGGCUCGUGGAUCUUUGCCUGACUCAGAUGGCCAAAGUAGUCUUCAAAAUUCCAGGAUUGACAUUCACGGACAUCCGACUCAGCAACACGCUCACUGUGAACUAGCACAACGACCACAGCAACAUCUUCUCCAACAUUCAUCUUCUUCACCUCGCUCACCUGCUUUAUCUUUUCGAACAAUAACAUCAACAGCUCCACCAAACUGCAGAAGUAGACAGCAUCCACUGAAGAUACCUAGUAAAUACAUUCGUCGGCUGCUUAUCAAAGGUCCUGAAAAAGCUGACUUUUCCUUGGUUUUCUUGCCGUGGCUUGGGGGCGGGGAGUUCUCGCCGCAGGAGAUGAAUACUUUCUAUCAACAGUUAGUUCAUGCAGUGGAAGAGCAAGUUAGAAUCGCGGUCACUGAAAGUUCAUCUCGCGGUGGGGGAACAGCUUCCCGUCCGACCCCUGGAGGCGACCAUCUCCAAGCCGGAAGAGGAGUCGGAGGUGGGGUAAAAAGGGGAGCAGCGCUUGCUUCUCCGAGACUGGAGCAAACAUGGCGUAAAAAGGUCCCUACGAUUCGUUUGGUCGUGCCGGUAGCUACAGGUGUAAGCUCAAAGACGUCUUCAUCGUUCUAUUCACGAUUGACAAGGAUGUUCGACUGGUCAGAUAUCUCUGCAUGCUGUGUUGGCCGUGACAGGGAAGAGGGCAGCGGCGAUGUUUAUGAAGGGUGGAUAUCAAGCAAGUACUAGCUAUUUGUAUUUUCUGGUCUAGUGAGAUUCAGUUUCUUUGGUAGAGAGAGGUAAAAAUUCGUCGAUCGACUCAAAGUUGAUCUUUUGACAAGACUAAAACUUACUAUUCCUUCUUCAUUCCUCUCGGACGCACCCGCAAGACGGCUCCUGGGAGACUUGCGGCACCAGGUCUGCAGGAGACUACACAGAUUGCAUGGAUAUUGAUAGUGACAGUCCUACAGAAGAUGGUGAUGGAAGUGAACCUCGUGCCUGGACUGACUGUGCAACUACUUCCACUGGGCGUGGUGAGUCUGUAAAUGUAGAAGUAGAGUUAAGGCUGAAUGCAUUACAUUUCCAUAGGUCAUUUCUCUCUGUCCAAGUCACGCGGUGGUGCACUUGUAGACAGUAGACAACAACAAAAAAAAAUCUUGGAUGCAGAAGAAAAUAGCGGAAGAAAUGAAUUGUUUGAGCUCUAAUAGAAGAUGACCCCUCUGAGAAGCCCUCCUGGUACCGCUACAUAGACUAUGACACCCGUUUCUGCGACGAACGGGAAAUCGAGUUUUGUGAUGUAGAGGGUUCUAGCGCGGCGGUUUGGAGUAUAAUAGACCACGAAGCUGAAAAACACAUCAAAAGCAGGGCGUCGACUGGUACAGCAUUGCAGCGAUCGUCUGCAAGGGUGAAUACUGGGGCGUCAGCUUCUUCUAGUCACGACAGGAGUGAUCUUAGUCCUGGUUCGGUUGAAGCACAACCCCAGAAAAUGGCGCGGUCACGUGCUUCGUCGUCGGGCGAGGAUGGUACGAUACCUAGUGCGGCGCCAUCGGCAGCAACUACACCUUUGCUGCAGGCUCAACCUGCGCCAGUCGACAUACAUCCUAGUAGUAUCAGAGCGCUAGAUGAUGACGACGACGUGGAGAUGCUGGUGGAUUCAACCGAGGAUCCAGCAUUACAUCAAAUUCAAACGAAUGCUCCAGUUGUACGUCCUACGAGCCCUCCAAUCACUCCAGGCAGUUCCUUUCUACAGCAGAGUUCUCCUGGGCUAGAAAUCUCUAGUGCUUCUUUACUUAUGGCCAUUCCCCUAGUCCAUCUUCGGACGACGCAUGUUAGAGACGUUUUCAAGGGGAAAAAAGUUUCGGGAUGGAUUUCUUGUUCGAGAUGGAUUAUUAUAUUUAGGGCGCGGUCUAAUUUACAGAGUGACCAGGGAAGAAAUCCAGACCAGUUGCCCUAUUCUCGCAUUUUCCUAGCUGGUAUCUCGCAGGGUGGCGUGCUCGCCCAGCAUGUCGCUUUUGCGAAGCAGGUGCACUUGUUGAACACCUGUCCGGAGGUAACAAAAGCAAGUCGGGGACAAUUAUGGCUACGAGUGAAGCAUCCUCAAUAUCAUCCUUCUUCCCUUCUGUACUUGAAAAAGAAGCCAAGGAUGCUCUCAGGGAUGCCACCGCGGUAGCUCGAAGGCAAGGGGGCGGAGUAGAUACAGCGCAGCUUGCACAUGACCACGACGAACAUCACAGUAGUUUCCUCCGACUGGGAGGCGAAGGAGCAUCUUCAAGUCAUGGCAAUCCCUUGUUUUAUCAUGAUGAACACAACAUGAUCCACGCUCCCGGUCCUGAUCCGCCUAGUUUAGAAACCCUACCACGAUUUGGAGGCCUUCUGUCGUACCACAGUAUGAUGCACAGAAAUACGCUGGACCACUAUGCAUCUCUGGUAGCGAGAAAUGAAGCACCGAGUGGAACUUUGCCUGGUGCUAAUACGGAUGUGAGGUACAGGGGAUUCCAAUACUUAACUCGUACUGAGAUCGUCAUGUUGUUGACUGUCUUGGGUAGUGUACUUCUGAUUCAUGCUAUAUCAAUGCAUUAGAAGCAAUUUCCAUUAUGGAUGAUAAAGGCGUUGCACAGGGCUCCGGCCUGCCUUCGAAGGUGAGACCUCUGGGGCUGACAGGACCACGACAGCACCGGCGCUUAUUUAUUAGUAGAUAAGUCCUUGCCUGACUUUUCUUUUUUCGGUUUUUGUUUUUUCUAGUUAGGUAUGCUCCACCAACAUUAUGGAUGAUAGAAAGCGUCGAUCGCAAUCUUUAUUUCUAGCACGAUCAUUCUUCAGUCAUCGAUAGACAAACGCAUUCUCAACCACAACUCCAGGCUCACCCCCGCUUGCGUCGUUGUGUCUGAAACCGACCAGACCUUCCCUGCAUCGCAUGUGAUCUUGAGAACUCAGGGUGCUUACGAUGGCUUAGGCAUGAAACGAUGGGAGGUCGUUCAACAGAAGCGGAAGGGCCAUGCCGAAGGUGGCGUAGAAUUCAUAAACAAGAAAGUAGCGCAAUGGAUUGCUGCAAGGGUGGUCGCAUCUUCUAGCGGAAAUAGGGGUGGAAGCAGUCGGCAAUGAGUGCAGUGUGAGGGUGUACAAAAAUAUGACUCUUUCUUUUUUUGAGAACACAGCGCAGUUCUAAAGCCACCCACUUUGUUGGUAAAUCCACUCUAUAAGAUAUGGAUUUCAUGUGUGAAAGUGUAUAAAACUAGCGACUCGUCUUCUACUUCGAGUAGAGGACGGCUGGCUUCAUAAUACUUAAAUUCCCCAUACCCACUGAAGGCUUAUCCCAAAAGCUGACUUGAUGUAUUUUCUCAACAUACGCAUACUCAUUGGAUACAAUCUCACAGUGAUUACGCGACUUCGUUCUUUUGUCGCAUCAGACAGAUUAAACCUGAAAGUAAGUUGUCAAUGAACUUUUUUAC